AUAAAACGGAGCGCGAGAGCGAAAAUUGGGCGUGGCACUUCGUUUUAUAUGAAGAGAUAAUCAUAACGCGACUCGGGUAAUUUAAAAUCACUUUGUUGCGUAGCUCGGCCCCUUUCCGAUUAAAUCAAAACAUCAAAAAUCCAUCUUCUAUUCAAUCACCGUUGAUUUUCCAUUUCCUGCCCGCCGUCGCAUCAUCGGCAAUAGUCGGUCUCGUAUUUCAUUGAUAUUAUAAUAUAACGUUCACGAUUAUAUAAAAUGUUAUUGACUUCUGUUGUUCUUUGAUUGCAUUGGUUUGUGCAUGCAUGAUGAUGAAGGUAAUUUUACGGGCUGGGCAUAUUAAGGAGCCCGCCGCUAUAAAAAAGGCGGAUCUUUGUAAUAAACUGUAUGGACCAUAAAAUGUUUGUUUUAUCGCAAAUAACCGCAAGUGUCGUUAAUUGCUCAUUAAAUUUAUAACUGUGCGCACAUAAAACAUCUGUUAUAAGACGUAAAUCAACAAGUUUUACCAUUGUGACUGGACGUUCACCUGUUCAUAGGGGGUUCAUAGUUCGAUGGUAAGGUGCCCGGUAUAUGCGGCGAGUGACAUGGGUUCGAUUCUCAAGGCAUCUAUUGACCUCAGUCCUUCUACUCACUAUUGUGUUACCGCUUCUGGAAGCGAGGCCGCAAUCCAAAAACCAUGACAUGCUCACCAAACUCGGGCUGCAGAAGAUCCGUAGCCCGAACACCCACCACAGGAAACGUCUCGCUGUGGAAUCCAGACACCACAGCAGAUCGGACGACUCGCACAUGUUCAUCAUCAAACUCCCGCCGAAUCCUCACUAUUACGCCUUAAACAAGCCGAAUUCUGUUUUACCGGAAGCGGAAAAGGUCCCCGUGGGAUUCAAGAGUAACGGUAAACCUGGAAAAAUUUACCACUGGAACAUUCCGGUGUUGAAGAAGAUGGUGGAGAGCAAACAAAAGAGUCGCACCAACGACGUGGAUAACGAUCUGUUGGACCAUCCGGAGAACUGGAACGAGGUGCUAGAAAAGCCGAUGCGCUCGAACAAGAAACCGCUGAAGCCGUCUUAUUACGUACCGCUCAAGCCGAAAAAAUCGAAUUUCAUGAAGUAUUUUCCCGGGAACGGUAAACCGCAUUCGCUUUAUAUUAUCGAGAAAAACAAACGGGCCCAUUAUCACAGACUGCUACCUUAAAGUGUAUCAUAAUCUUUUUAAAUUAUUAUAGAGACACUCACUCGUCAGUGCAAUGAUGUAAUUUUAGACUGAUACUUAUUUUAUAUCUUUAUAUUUAAUAUUAUUGAUGUACGUACUUUUAUAAGCCAAUAAUUGUUUUCAUAUUAAAUAUAAUAUUUAAGAAAUGA